GAAACCGGAAGGGGAAGUCGUUGCCGCCUCCGCUGCCGACGCAAUGCAGCCUUCCUCUGUAUGUGCCAUACUCACGGGCUCUCUGGGUAACCAACCUGUUCCUGUCGGUGCAGAGGGAGGAGAAGCAGCUUGAGGCAUCAUUAGAUGCACUGCUGAGUCAAGUGGCUGAUCUGAAGAACUCACUGGGGAGUUUCAUUUACAAGUUGGAGAACGAGUAUGACCGGCUGACCUGCUUUGCCUUGCUCUCCGGACAGCUGAACACUUUGAACAAGGUCUUGAAGCAUGAAAAGACACCACUGUUCCGUAAUCAGGUCAUCAUCCCUCUGGUGCUGUCCCCAGACCGUGAUGAAGAUCUCAUGCGGCAGACUGAAGGACGAGUGCCUGUUUUCAGCCAUGAGGUGGUCCCUGACCAUCUGAGAACCAAGCCCGACCCUGAGGUCGAAGAGCAAGAGAAGCAGCUAACAACAGAUGCGGCCCGCAUCGGUGCUGACGCAGCUCAGAAGCAGAUCCAGAGCUUGAAUAAAAUGUGCUCAAACCUUCUGGAGAAAAUCAGCAAAGAGGAACGGGAAUCGGAGAGUGGAGGUCUCCGGCCAAACAAGCAGACCUUUAACCCUGCAGACACCAAUGCCUUAGUAGCCGCUGUGGCCUUUGGGAAGGGGCUAUCUAAUUGGAGACCUUCAGGCGGCAGUGGUCCUGGCCAGCUGGGCCAGCCCGGAGCUGGGACCAUUCUUGCAGGAGCCUCAGGAUUACAACAGGUGCAGAUGGCAGGAGCUCCAAGCCAGCAGCAGCCGCUGCUCAGUGGGGUGCAGAUGGCUCAAACAGGUCAAACAGGAAAAAUGCCAAGUGGAAUAAAAACCAACAUCAAGUCAGCUUCAAUGCAUCCCUACCAGCGGUGAGUGUGGCCGGCAACCUCCACUCCCAGGUGCCCCUUGCAGAGUUGGGCAGUGAAAUUGCCUUUUGCCCAAAGUGAACUACAUGGGUAUAAUAAAGAGAACAUGGGCUUUCAGCACCAGACAGAUCCCAGCUCUACCACUGACUAGCUGAGUGACCUUGGGCAAGUGACCUCAUUUUUGUCAGCCUGUUUUCUUAUUUGUAACUGGCGAUGAUACCUACCUCAUAGGGUUGUUGUGAGGAUUAAAAUGAGAAAAUGAAUGUAAAACACUUAGUAUAGUCUAUGAAAUGACGGGUAUUCAAUAAAUGGUAGUUUCUACAGCCACUUCUCCCCACUGCCCUCCUCAAUCCUGGAUCCAGAACUUAGCGGGAUCUGAUACUGCUUCACGUCAGUAGUGAGCUGACAGACCCAAGAUCACAGGCUGCUCUGUUAUGUUUGAAAGCCUGUGCUUACUUUGUGUGGCCAGAAACUCUCAUAGCCAAUGUAUGUCCUUAGGGACGUGCUGGCUCUGCAGGCCCCCCUGCCCAGGUUCCAUCUUGGCCAUCUCUCCGAGCUGCGGGCAUUGAAGCUUCUGGGCGGGGACAAAUGGCCCACCUGCAGCUCUGGUGAAGUGUGGGUCUGCUCUCCUUCUCUCCUCUAAGAAGCCGGUUCAGCUCUUACCUGGGAAAUAGUCACAAAGUCAACUAUCCUUUACCUCACCCCAUACACAUGA